CUCCUCCAGUGGUAUGUUCCUGUAAUCCCGGCAACAACAUCACAGAAGCCUUAGCAAUCAGCACCAUCCCCUCAUAUAUCAAACAUUGGGACUUGGCAGCAAGGACAAAUGGGACAACAACCUGCAUCAAACACGCAGCAUCAGAUCAGAACACAACACCAAAAUCAGCCUGCAGUAGUGCCCAUGGCUUCUUCCUCUUUUGCUCCACCUGGAAUUAACCCGUAGCAGCCAAAGGGACAUCUUAAUACUCAAGUGCCUAACAUACCUCCACAUGCACCCCAACUUCAUCUUACUCAACUAGCCAGCUUCAACAGCCAUUGCAGACAAGUGGCGGAAUCCCUCACAUGUAUGUCACUGCAACCACCAAUGCCACCUCAACCUAUGUCGAGUUUCAAUCAUCAAUAUCAACAACAGAGGGGAUCCGGUAUGGGCUUCCAACAUGGUGCUAGUCAUCAGCAUCCUUCACAACCCAUGUUUCAUUGCCAUCAUAUUCUCAUGGACAGUAACAACCUAUUCCAAUUUCCAAGCCACCGGCCACCUCAAUCCCAAUAUCAGGGUGGAGGAGGUUCACACUUGACCGGAGAGUUCAACAAUCAGGGUGGAAGCCCAAUGCAAGUUGAUCGAGGAUCUGGGUGGAUGUCUAGCCCUCUAGAUAGCUCAGCUGCAACACCAGUUUUGGGCAAUCAAGCAGCUCGAGCUGCACCUUUUAGCCCUGAUAUGGAGAAGGCACUACUUCAACAGGUAAUAAGCCUGACACCGGAAUAGAUCAAUCCGUUGCCGCCUGAGCAAAGGAGUCAGUUGCUUCAGCUGCAACAGCAAUGACUGCAACAUCAGAAAGUCUUGAGGCUCCUGGUUUAUUCCUGCGUAUUUCGUCUACCAUGUGAUUGGGCUGAAUGCAAUUCUUUUUUCCUUCUUUUCCCUAAAGGGAACAAGAAGAUUCGAGAGGAGGAUCAAUAUAAUCCGUUUCCUGUUACUGCUCC